AUGAAUCCCCUUACGAAGGUGAAGCUGAUCAACGAGCUGAACGCGCGGGAGGCGGAGCUGGGCGUGCAGGAGGCCGUGUCUUGGCACGCCGAGUACAAAGACAGCGCCUGGAUCUUCGUGGGCGGGUUGCCCUACGAGCUGACAGAGGGGGAUGUCAUCUGCGUCUUCUCACAGUACGGGGAGGUCGUGAACAUCAACCUGGUGCGGGACAAGAAGACUGGCAAGUCCAAGGGCUUCUGCUUCCUGUGCUAUGAGGACCAGAGGAGCACCAUCCUUGCCGUGGACAACUUCAACGGGAUCAAGAUCAAAGGAAGGACCAUCCGAGUUGACCAUGUGGCAAACUACCGGCCCCCAAAAGACUCUGAUGACUUAGAUGACAUCACCAAAGCCCUCCAUGCCAAGGGAUGUGGGGUUAAAACACCACCUCAUUCAUCAGCUGAUUCCCUGUCCGAAGAUGACAAUGUGCCUGUGAAAAAGCAAAAAGAGAAGAAGAGCAGACAAGAGCAGCACAAGCUGAGCUCUCAGGCUGGAAAGAGGGUGGCUGCUGCUGAGGAGAUACAGCCCAGGGUCAAGAUCAAGAAGGAGAAGGAGGAUCCAGCCUAUGAGCGCUACACCAGUGGGAGCCAGCAGCCCUGGAGGGGCUCUGAGGGGAAGCCCUCGAGCAGGACCCAGCGAGAGGAAGACGAGCGGAGACACCAGAGGACCUCGGAGAGGAGAGGAGGGGAAAAGAGCAGCCAGGACCAGAGGGGACAAAGUAGUUUGAGGGAGGAGAAGGAGGCUGGCAAGAGGAGCAGACGAGAAGAGUGUCCUGAGGGGGGCAGAUCCCGGGAGCGCGGGGAGCACAGGCACAGGGAGCGGGGCUCUGCCCGAGGCUCCAGCCGCUGCUGAGCUCCAGGGGCUGGGGGAGGCCUGAAGCCU